AUGCCUCGGUAACAACAUAAAGAAGACAGCUUUGAGAUGCAAGCUUUGGCAGCAAUGGAUGAGGAAUACUAUAAGAACAUUCAUCUGUUGUUUAUCCGUUGUGUGGCUCUUUCUGGGGUAACCAGAGAGAAGUGGACAGAGGAGAAUGUGAGGGCUUUGGAUCAAUUUAUUGUGGACACAGCUAUCUCAACCAUGGUGGUCUACAUUGACACCUACGCCAGGCUGCGGGUGGAGUACUCAAUGCCCUUACCGGUGGUAGAGCAGCUGUCCUAUUUUAGCCGCAUGCCAGGAGCCAUAAUCACAUCAGAGACGUUUGAGGUGGCCGUACAGUUUGGCACAGUGCGGGGCGACCCCACCCAGAGGCUGCUUCAUGACAUGACCUGUUUGCAUGCCCCUCCAGUUGCCCUCAGCACCUGGAGGGAGAAGAGCAUCAAGGACAACUAUGCCAACAACAUGCACUGCUUUCUUGCAAACCUCACAGAUGAUGUGUAUAAGAAGGUGGGCAACACCGUUCUCUACAUCCCAAUGGAAGGCCUACAGCACUGCCCUGAAGAGGCCAGCAAGGACAAGAAGCUGGUACAAAGAAUGGAGACUGUUAUGAUCCACUGGACUGAUCAGAUCAAGGAGCUACUGAAUGCUAAAGAAAUAAUGAAGAUGAGGGACAACUGUGGUCCACUGCAGGAGAUAGCCUUCAGGCAGAGUCACUCUGCCAAGCUGUUGAACAUCAGCCAGCAGCUGCAAAAGCCAGGGGUCAGGCACAUCCAGAACAUCCUUCAGCUCUCCAAGUCUCUCUAUGUACAACGCUUCAGCAAACUGACCGAAGGAAUACAGGAUUGCCUUUCGCAGGCCCAAUCAAACUUGUCCUACCUUUCCAUACUGAAGGAGCCAUGUGAAGAGCUUGCCCGGCUCAAGCCUAGCCAAGUUGCUCCUAAGCUGCGACACAUUGUCAGUCUCAUUCGCAUCAUCUGGGUCAACUCAUCCCACUACAACACCAGUGAGAGGAUCACUGGUCUCUUUCGCAAGAUGAGCAAUGAGAUCAUCAACUUGUGCUUCCAAAGCAUCUCUCUGAAAAGGAUCUUUAAGGGCUAUGUGUUAUCCAGCAAGCAAGACCUCAGCGAUUGUAUCCAGUGCUGCCUGUCCUGGAAAGAAAUUUACCUGCAGGCCUCACAGAUUCACCACAAGUAUUCUCGAACAAGCUGGGUCCUGGACCAAACCAGCAUAUUUGUAUUGGUUGAUGUUUUCAUUCAGAGGUUCAAAGAGCUGCUUGAGAUAUGUGAUUGCCAGUAUCAGUUUGCCCGUUGGGAGGAUGGCCAGCAGAGGGCUCUGCCAUGCUUCAGCGGUUGUCAGGGACCAGAAUUCACCCGCCUCCUCCUUGAGAUUGAGGGCAAAUUCCACCGUGGCCUACAGAACCUGCACUCUCUUGACAAGGGCAUUCUUGAUGUUGAAAGCACUACAUGGUGCAAUGAAUUCAACAAGUUUCGUACAUUAAUAAAGGAACUGCAAAUGAAGAUGCAGAACCUGAUUAAUUCAGUGUUCAAGACUGUGAACACUGUGGAGGAAGGAGUUCGGCUUCUGGACAUUUUCAAGCCUUUGUCUACACGAGAGGCCUUUAGGCGCACCAUAGAAGAGAAGAUGGAGGAAGUGUACAACAUGAUGAACAAGGAGCUCAAAAUGGCCAACAAGAAGCUGAACCAGAAGACAUGGUCUUCUCCUGACCAUAUGCCCCGGAUAGCAGGCCAGGCCCACUGGGUGAGAGCCCUCAAACAUCGCUUAGAGAAAACCAUGGAGGUGCUUCAGAAGGCCCACUUCAUGCCUGAGUCAUACAGCCGCAAGCAGGUAGUUAUUACCUUUGGCCAGAUGAUUCAGUUUUUAGAUGAGAUGGCGAGGAAGAACUUCAGUGAGUGGAUCCAGAACCUGGACGGACAGUACCUUAAGAGACUGGAGCAGCCACUCAUGGUGCGCUGCAAAGACAAGACCGCCAAGCUUGACAUCAACUUUGACAACAACCUGGUGAACCUGUUCUCUGAGAUCCAUUACUGGGAUCGACUAAAGUUUGAGAUCCCCUCGUGUGUGUCUGCCUUUUACCAGGACAGGGAGGAGCUCAGAGGCCUGAGGGAGAGAGUACUACUGCUAAUCAGGGACUACAACAGGAUCAUUGGAAUGCUGUCUCCUGGCGAGCUUGAUCUGUUUCGGGAGCGAAUUCGUUUCAUGGAUAAGAAGAUUCAGCCGGGGCUGGCCAGGCUCCUGUGGAUUUCUAAAGGAGCUUCUAACGUCUUCAUCCGUGAAUGUCUCCUGCAUGUUGACAAGGUCCAGUUGAUAGUUGAUGGAUACAAAGUAUCUAAUCUAAACAUUUACAACCUCUGUCGCCAAAUCAGUGAAACAUUGCUGGUUAGACUGGAUGGGAAGACUGUGUACAGGAACCUGGAGUUUGAGGAUGACCAGAAGAGUCACCAGCAGCGCCAGCUCCAAAUACUGCACUCAGCCCACCAAAGAAUUGCUGAUAUUAUGAGCCACAUCCAUAACACCUUCUCUAAUGAUGGAUCUGAGGUCCAGGAGCACUGGGUGACCUACACAGAGAAAGUGGACCACAUGGUAGAGGAAGCUCUAAGAAACAACAUCAAGAGCUCCUUGAAGAAGCUAUCCAGGGCCAUCAAUGGAGACAGCAAGACAUCUCCCAAUCCAUUGUUCAAAGUACUGGUAGCACUGCGGCAGACAACUCCCCAAACCACACCAAAGGUGGAGUUCUCACCGACGCUCGGAAAGCUUGCUCAAAUUGUGAACAUUAUGCCUCAGCUCAUCAAAACCAUUUCAGAAUUUAAACAACUGCCGGAAGUUCUCUCCUGCAAACGGUCACAGGGUAACCCCAUAUACAACAACAUAGAGCAAGAUGAGGAGAUAAAGAAGAUUCAGGCUGCUAUUUCUACAGGGAUGACAGCCAAUGAAAGCCACCUGCAGGCCUAUCUGAAGACCUGGGACAAAUACAGGGAUAUCUGGGAGAACAACCAGGACUCCUUUAUACAACGUUACCGGAGACUAAACCCACCAGUCACUACUUUUGAUGCAGACAUACACAGGUACACAGAAAAGGCCUCCAGUGUUCAACAGGAAGAGACAGUAUUUAACAUCCGGUUUAUCAUGCUGGACUGUUCACCACUCAAGUCCUCCUUGGCUCAGCUCUGCAGUGAGUGGCAAACCAAGUUCACUCAGCUGCUCAGCCACAUGGCUAGCACCCGCCUUAAAGAACUUCAUGCCUCCCUGCAAGAUAAUGCUAAAAGGCUGAGACAACACCCUCAGACACUGGCAGAUCUUAAUGAGAGCCUGAAGCUCUUGGUCACUCUCCAGGGCGAUUUGGCCAAGACAGAGGCUCAGAUCCCUCUUAUCCAUGAACAGUUUGCCAUCCUGGACAAAUAUGAAGUCCCAGUGGAACAGGCUGUGCUGGAUAAUCGUGAGGCGCUGAAUGGGGAGUGGGUGUGGUUUCAGCAGGUGUUGAUUGACAGUGACAUCAUGCUGCAGAAGCACAAGGAGAAGUUUAAGAACAACCUCAUCCUCUCCUCUGAGGAUUUCAAGAAGAAAAUCCAGACCACUUUGCAGGAGUUCAACAGCACAGGUCCAUUUGACAGUGCACUGAGCCCUGAGAUGGCCUUAAAAACAGUAGCAGAGCAUUGCAGCCAACUGGAGGCUCUAAAACAGGAAGAGUGUGCCAUCAUUAAUGGGCUGGGUUUCUUCAAAAUUGAACAGCCUCUUUCAAAAAGCAUCCGGGUGCUGGAGAAGGACUUAGACAACCUGCAGCAGGUCUGGGAGAUUACACAAGAGUGGAAUACCAAUUGGAACAUCUGGAAAGUUGGUCAGUUUGCUGUGCUGCGGACAGAAAGCAUGGAGAGCACAGCACAGGAUAUGUUUAAAAAACUCCACAAACUCCAGAGAGAAUUAAAGGAUAAGGAGUGGGACAUAGUAGAUUUUUCCAAGAACAAGAUUGACCAGUUCAAGAGGAUCAUCCCUCUUAUUGCUGAUCUGAGGAACCCAGCCAUGAGAGACAGGCACUGGAAGCAGAUCUGUGAAGAGCUGCAGUGCUCUUUUGACCCAAUGAGUGCUGAGUUCACCCUGGAGACGAUCAUAUCUCUGGGUCUUGACAUGUACACUGACAAAAUCAGUGAGCUUUCAGGAGCCGCCAGCAAGGAACUCUCCAUAGAACAGGGUCUUGAGGACAUUACUAAGACAUGGGAGGAAACGUUCCUGGACAUAGAACCUUACAAAGCUGAAGGCCACUAUCGGUUAAGGGGCACAGAGGAGCUUUUCCAGGUCCUGGAUGACAACAUGGUUAUUCUGUCCACAAUGAAGGCUUCUCGGUUUGUCAAAGCCUUUGAGCGGGAAGUGGACUGCUGGGAACGGCGCCUGUCACAGGUGCUGGAAGUCAUUGAGAUGAUCCUCACUGUACAACGUCAGUGGAUUUAUCUGGAGAAUAUUUUCCAAGGAAAGGACAUCAGAGAGCAACUUCCUCUUGAGUGCAAAGAGUUUGAAGAAGUUAGUUCUAGUUGGAAAAUAAUCAUGGGCCGACUCCACAAGGAUAACAAUGCCUUGCAGGGAACACACCACCCCGGCUUGCCUGAGAAGCUGUCAGAGAUGAGUGCCAAGCUUGAGGAGAUCCAGAAGGCCCUGGACAUGUACCUGGAGACCAAGAGGCAGAUCUUUCCAAGAUUUUACUUCCUGUCAAAUGAUGAUGUGCUUGAGAUCCUGGGACAGUCACAGAACCCAGACGCCAUGCAACCUCACCUAAAGAAGUGUUUCGAUAACAUCAAGAGUCUACGUAUUGAAAAGGCUGGAAAACCAGAAGCCACUGGGAUGCUCUCUGCUGAUGGGGAGUUUAUUCCAUUUAGCCAGACAGUGCAACUGGACAGACCUGUGGAGGUUUGGCUGUGUGAUCUUGAGAAGGCCAUGCGAAUUACACUAAAGGAUUUUCUGAGCAGCUGCCUUUUAGCUCUGAAGAAGAUGACAGGACAGAAAGAAAAAUGGGUCAAAGAUUGGCCAGGACAGAUGCUCAUCACUGCCAGUCAGAUCCAGUGGACCUCUGAUGUCACUAAAUCUCUCAUUACCAGCAAAGCGAGAGCUGACAAGUCCUCCCUUAAGUCCAUGAAGAAGAAACAGGUCGCCAUGCUUCAAUGCUAUUCAGAGCUCAUCCGUGGCAACCUGUCCAAAGUCCUGCGUCUGAAAAUUGUUGCGCUGGUCACAGUGGAGGUUCAUGCUCGGGAUGUCAUUGAUAAGCUGGCCAAGACAGGCUGCAAUGAUGUCAAUGCAUUCGAGUGGCUCUGCCAGCUGCGACUAUACUGGGAGAAGGAUCUGAAUGAUUGUAUAAUCCGACAGACCAACACACGUUUCAAGUAUGGCUACGAGUACCUGGGCAACUCUGGACGGCUCGUAAUCACUCCACUUACUGACAGGUGUUACAUGACCCUGACCACAGCACUCCAUCUCCAUCGGGGGGGCUCUCCUAAAGGCCCAGCGGGUACUGGAAAGACAGAGACAACAAAAGACUUAGGCAAAGCUCUGGGAAUGUACGUCAUCGUAGUGAACUGCUCUGAAGGACUAGACUACAAAUCCAUGGGACGCAUGUACUCUGGCCUGGCACAGACAGGAGCAUGGGGGUGCUUCGAUGAGUUUAACCGAAUCAACAUCGAGGUGUUGUCAGUAGUGGCCCAGCAGAUCCUCUUAAUCCUGUCCGCCCUCGCAGCUGGACAAUCCAAGUUCCAUUUUGACGGACAGCACAUACGCCUUGUCUGGUCAUGUGGCAUCUUUAUCACCAUGAAUCCCGGUUACGCUGGUCGUACUGAGCUUCCAGACAACCUCAAGUCCAUGUUUAGACCUAUCUCCAUGGUGGUGCCAGACUCUACUCUCAUCGCUGAGAUCAUACUGUUUGGAGAGGGCUUCAACAACUGCAAGCUCCUGGCUAAGAAGGUCUUCACCCUGUACUCCCUGGCAGUGCAGCAGCUGUCUAAACAGGACCACUAUGAUUUUGGCCUGCGUGCGCUCACUUCCUUACUUCGCUAUGCUGGAAAGAAGCGCCGUGUUUGCACCAACGUUCCUGAUGAAGAAGUCCUGCUAAUGGCUAUGAAGGACAUGAACAUUGCUAAGCUGGCCUCCACUGAUGUGCCACUGUUCAAUGGGAUCACCCAGGACUUGUUCCCUGCUGUGGAAACACCCAUUAUAGACUAUGGCAAGUUGAAGGAGGCUAUAGAGGCGGAGCUUCAUCAGAGCAGUUUGCAGGUGACUCCUUUUACAAUAACCAAAGUCAUCCAACUUUAUGAGACCAAAAACUCUCGACACUCAUCUAUGCUGGUGGGAAAGACAGGCAGCGCUAAGAGUGUUACCUGGAGGACUCUGCAGAAUGCCCUCACUUCCCUUUACCAAAAGGGAGUGCCUGGCUUCCAGCUGGUCCAGGAUUAUCCUCUGAACCCCAAGGCAAUGAGUCUGGGAGAACUAUAUGGAAGUUCUAUCUUGUCAGUUUUCUAACAAACUGCAUCUCCUUUACAUUCUUUAGAUGAGAAACCAGAUGAGAAGUGGAUUGUAUUAGACGGGCCUGUUGACACACUGUGGAUAGAGAGUAUGAACUCAGUUAUGGAUGACAAUAAGGUGCUCACGCUUAUCAAUGGUGAGAGAAUCUCCAUGCCUGAACAGGUGUCUCUGCUGUUUGAAGUUGAAAACCUGGCAAUGGCCUCUCCAGCUACAGUGUCUCGCUGUGGGAUGGUCUACAAUGAUUACAUUGAUCUGGGAUGGAAGCCUUUUGUCAACUCCUGGCUGGACAAGCGACACAAGGCUGAAGUAAACCAUUUAAAGCGUUUGUUUGAGAAAUACAUAGAGAGCACACUAAACUUUAAGAACAGAAACUGUAAGGAGCUGAUUCCCAUCACUGAGAUUAAUGGAGUAACGUCUCUAUGCCGCCUCUAUGACUCCCUGGCCACAUCCAGCAAUGGGGUGAAUACUUCAGAUACAGAUAACCUGGGUAGGAUGGUGGAGCUCUGGUUCAUCUUCAGCCUUAUCUGGUCCAUCUGUGCCUCUGUUGACGAAGAUGGACGCAAGAAGAUGGACAACUUCCUACGGGAGAUGGAAGGCACCUUCCCUAUCAAGGACACAGUUUAUGAGUACUAUGUGGACACCAAGAACAGAACCUGGGCUUUUUUUGAAGAUAAGCUGCCGAAGGACUGGCAUUACAAUGCCAAUGCUCCAUUCUAUAAGAUUAUGGUUCCGACAGUCGACACAGUUCGCUACAACUUCCUGGUUAAGGCUUUGGUGUUGAGUCAGUACCCAGUGCUGCUCACUGGGCCAGUAAGCACUGGUAAAACCUCAGUGGUCCAGAGCAUCUUGCAGGGCUUGGAUAACAAGUGGACUAGCCUCACUGUCAACAUGUCUGUCCAGACUACCUCUAAUAACAUCCAGGCCAUCGUGGAGAGCCGCAUAGAGAAGAGAACCAAAGGUGUGUUUGUGCCUGCAGGUGGAAAGCGCCUGCUGUGUUUCCUGGACAACCUCAACAUGCCAGCCUAUGACCUCUUUGGCUCCCAACCACCGCUGGAAUUGCUGCGCCUCUGGAUUGACUAUGGCUUCUGGUAUGACCGGCAGAAACAGACCCCAAUGAUUGUCAAGGACAUGUUCUUGUUGGCGUCCAUGGGGCCUCCUGGUGGAGGGAGGACUCACAUCUCUGGCCGCUUACAGAGUCGAUUCAAUCUCAUCAAUAUGACCUUCCCCAACGAGUCCCAGAUCAGGCGGAUCUACAGUACCAUGAUCAACCAAAAGCUACAGGGGUUCAAGGAGGAGGUGAAGCCAAUUGGAGACAUUCUGACUCAGGCAACCUUAGAACUGUAUUAUGCUGUUACAGCUCGUUUUCUUCCCACUCCAGCCAAAAUCCACUACCUCUUCAACCUCAGAGAUAUCUCAAAGGUGUUCCAAGGUCUGCUAAGAGCUCACCCAGAUUUCCAUGAUACCAAAAACAACAUCACUAGGCUGUGGAUCCAUGAGUGCUUCAGGGUUUUCUCAGAUCGGCUUGUGGAUCAUAGUGACACGGAGGCCUUUGUUGCUUUGCUUGGAGAGAAACUCGGCUCACUCUUUGACCACACAUUCCACAGCAUCUGCCCCAACAAACAACCACCAAUAUUUGGUGAUUUCCUGAGUGAGUCUCGUGUGUAUGAGGACCUACUGGACAUAAAGGUUCUCAAGAAGUUCAUGGAGACCCAGCUGGAGGACUACAACCUGACACCUGGCGUAGUACCCAUGAGCCUAGUGCUCUUUCGGGACGCCAUCGAACACAUAACCCGUGUAGUACGUGUGAUCAGUCAGCUCAGGGGCAACAUGCUGCUGGUUGGUGUAGGGGGCUCCGGUAGACAGAGCCUGUCUAAGAUAGCCACCUUCAUCUGUGAAUACCGGGUAUUCGAGGUUGAAAUCACAAAGCAGUACCGGAAACAAGAGUUUAGAGAAGACAUCAAGAAGCUGUACCGGUUGACUGGUGUGGAUAAUAAGCCCACUGUCUUCCUCUUCAAUGACACCCAGAUAGCAGAUGAAUCCUUCCUAGAAGAUAUCAAUAAUAUCCUGAGCUCUGGAGAGGUGCCUAACUUGUACAAGCAGGAUGAGUUUGUUGAGGUGUGCAAUGCUCUGUCAGAGUUUGCCCGGAAAGACAAUGUUGUGGAGACUCCUGACUCCUUGUUCAGCUACCUGAUAGAGCGAGUCAGGAACAACCUGCAUAUAGUGCUCUGUAUGAGCCCAGUGGGAGAGCCCUUCAGGAACCGCCUCCUCCAGUAUCCAGGGCUUGUCAACUGCACCACCAUUGACUGGUUCUGUGACUGGCCCAAAGAUGCUCUGCUUGAGGUAGCUGAGAGAUACUUGGAUGGACUGGAGCUGGGAUCCUUGGAGGGGAUCCAGACAAAGGUUGCCAGUAUCUUUGUGACCACACACCAGUCGGUUGCACAAGUCUCCCAAAGGAUGAAGUUGGAGCUGAAGAGACAUAAUUAUGUGACACCCACCAACUACCUGGAGCUGGUGUCAGGAUACAAGAAGCUGUUGGCAGAGAAACGCAGUGAAUUGGGGGAGCAGGUGAGCAAGCUGCGUAAUGGCCUUUUCAAGAUCAGUGACACACGAGAGAAGAUAGAGGCCAUGUCUGUAGAGCUUGAGGAGGCAACGAAGCAGGUGGCUGUGUUCCAGAAACAGUGUGACGAGUUCCUGGCUGUCAUAUCACAGCAGAAGAGGGAGGCUGAUGAGCAGCAGAAGGUUGUCAGUGCUAACAGUGCAAAAAUUGGUGCAGAGGAGAUACAGUGUAAAGCAUUGGCUGAGAAUGCACAGAGAGAUCUGGACGAGGCCCUGCCUGCACUGGAAGAGGCCAUGAAGGCUCUGGAGUCUCUAAAUAAGAAGGACAUGACAGAGAUCAAGUCUUAUGGCCGUCCCCCAACACUGGUGGAGACAGUGAUGACCGCUGUCAUGACCCUUCUGGGCAAAGAGCCUACUUGGGCAGAGGCUAAGAGACAGCUGGGUGAGGGCAACUUCAUCAAAACAUUAGUUUACUUUGACAAGGACAAUAUAUCGGACCGUGUGUUAAAGAAGAUCGGCCAGUACUGUAGACAAGUAGACUUCCAGCCAGAAAUCAUCGGCAAAGUUUCACUGGCUGCCAAGUCCCUUUGCAUGUGGGUCAGAGCCAUGGAGGUUUAUGGGCGUAUAUUCAGGGUGGUGGAGCCAAAGCGGGCACAACUGAACGCUGCCACUGCCCAGUUAGAAGAAAAACAGGCUGCAUUGGCCGAGGCCCAGAACAAACUGCGAGAGGUCGGGGAGAAGGUGGAGCAGCUGCAAAAGCAACACAAUGAGAAGCUGGCCAUUAAGGACAGUUUGAGGGAGAAAUCAGCUGAGAUGGAGGUGAAAUUGGACCGAGCUGACAAACUAGUCACUGGACUGGCUGGAGAGAGGGUCCGGUGGGAGGAGAGAGUUGCUGGUCUUGAAGAAAACAUGGGAUAUCUGGUGGGAGACUGUUUGCUAGCAGCUUCUUUCCUGUCUUACAUGGGACCCUUCCUUUCCAACUAUAGAGAUGAGCUGCUUGCCAUUUGGAUGAAGGAGGUACGGGACUUGGCGAUCCCAUGCACACCAGGGUUUAGUUUUGCAGUUUUUUUGUCCAAGCCUACAGCUGUGAGGGACUGGAACAUUCAGGGCCUGCCCUCUGAUGCAUUUUCUACUGAGAAUGGAGUUAUCGUCACCCGCGGAAACCGAUGGCCACUGAUGGUGGACCCUCAAGGCCAAUCUUUAAAGUGGAUCAAGAACAUGGAGAUGAAGAGAGGCCUGAAAGUAAUAGAUUUCCAAAUGUCAGACUACCUACGGGUGCUCGAGAAUGCCAUUCAGUUUGGGAAUCCUGUUUUGCUGCAGAAUGUCCAGGAGGAGUUGGACCCCUCUCUCAACCCAAUUCUUAACAAGUCCAUGACACGGAUAGGUGGGAGGCUGCUGUUGAAACUUGGUGAUAAGGAAUUGGAGUACAAUCCAGAGUUUCGUUUCUACAUCACCACCAAGCUGUCUAACCCCCACUACACACCAGAGAUUUCUACAAAGACCACCAUUGUCAACUUCGCUGUCAAGGAGCAGGGUCUGGAAGCCCAACUACUAGGAAUUGUGGUGCGCAAGGAGCGUCCACAUCUAGAAGAACAGAAGGACUCGUUGGUGAUCAGCAUUGCCUCUGGCAAAAGAAGCCUACAGGAGCUGGAGGAUGAGAUCCUCAGGCUGUUGAAUGAGGCGACUGGCUCACUGCUGGACGAUGUGCAGCUAGUGAAUACCCUGCAGACAUCCAAAGUGACAGCCACAGAGGUUUCAGAGCAGCUGGAAAGCAGCGAACAGACCGAGAUCAAGAUCGACUCCGCUAGAGAGGCCUAUCGCCCAUGUGCCCAGCGAGCCUCCAUUCUCUUCUUCAUCUUAAACGACAUGGGCCGCAUUGACCCCAUGUACCAGUUCUCACUGGAUGCCUACAUUAACCUAUUCAACCUUAGCAUAGAAAAGAGCAAGCAUAGCCACAAGCUGGAGGAAAGAAUCACCAACCUCAAUGACUACCACACAUAUGCAGUAUACAGGUACACGUGCCGUGGUCUGUUUGAGGUCCACAAGCUGCUCUUCAGUUUCCAGAUGUGUGCCAAAAUUCUGGAGGUGGCUGGCAAACUCAACAUGGAUGAGUACAGCUUCUUCCUCCGAGGAGGGCUCGUACUUGAUAAGGAGGAUCAGAUGGAUAACCCCUGCACCAGUUGGCUUGUAGACUCCAGCUGGGACAACAUCACAGAGCUGGAUAAGCUGCCCAACUUCCAUGGCAUCAUGGCCUCUUUUGAACAGUACCCCCAAGACUGGAGUCUUUGGUUUACCAGUGCUGAACCAGAGAAGGCCGUUCUACCAGGUGAUUGGGAGAAUAACUGUAAUGAGCUUCAGAAGAUUCUGAUAGUGCGCUCUCUGCGUCAAGACCGUGUCUCCUUGUGCGUCACCUCCUUCAUUGUUAACAACCUCGGCUCUCGCUUUGUGGAGCCGCCUGUUCUCGACAUGAAGGCUGUUGUGGAGGAAUCCACCAGCAUGACUCCCCUGAUCUUUGUUCUGUCUCCUGGGGUGGACCCAACAGGAGCCCUGCUGCAGCUGGCUGAGGCCUCUGGUAUGAGCAAAGACUUCCAUGCUCUCUCUCUGGGUCAGGGACAGGCCCCCAUCGCUAAGAGCAUGAUAGAGGAGGGCGUCAAGAAUGGUCACUGGGUGUUCCUUGCCAACUGCCACCUCUCUCUCUCAUGGAUGCCUGAGCUGAACAAGCUGGUGGAGCAGCUACAGGUGGAGAAGCCCCAGUCAAACUUCAGACUCUGGCUUAGCUCUUCGCCACACCCUGAAUUUCCCAUUACCAUCCUACAGGCUGGUAUCAAGAUGACCACUGAACCACCGAAGGGAUUGAAAGCCAACAUGAAGCGUCUGUACCAGCUGGUAACAGAGGCUCAGUUCAACCGCUGCUCAAGACCAGUAGUCUACAGGAAGAUGCUCUUUUCCCUCUGCUUUUUUCACAGCAUCCUGCUGGAAAGAAAGAAGUUUUUACAGCUGGGCUGGAACAUUAUCUAUGGAUUCAACGAUUCUGAUUUUGAGGUGAGUGAGAGUCUGCUCAGUCUGUACCUGAAUGAGUAUGAGGAGAUUCCCUGGGAUGCGCUGAAGUACCUCAUCGCUGGGGUCAACUAUGGAGGUCAUGUAACAGAUGACUGGGACAGACGUCUUCUAACCACAUACAUCAAUGACUACUUCUGUGAUGCUGCUGUAAACCAGCCCUUCUUCAAAUUGUCCUCCUCAAACUUGUAUUACAUCCCCCGUGACGGUCCCCAGUCCGCAUACAAGGAAUACAUCAGCAUGCUGCCGGCCACAGAGCACCCUGAGGUGUUUGGCCAGCACUCCAAUGCUGACAUUGCUAGCCAGAUUGCUGAGACCAGGACGUUGUUUGAAACCCUGCUCUCCCUGCAGCCCCAAGUCACCAGUUCCACCACUACGGGGGUUGGGCUCAGUAGAGAAGAUAAGGUAUUAGAGCUGUUGGCAGAUGUUCGUGGGAAGAUCCCAACAGUGAUUGACUACGAGGGCACCAGGUCUCUCCUCCAGGACAGCCCCACACCUCUUAAUGUAGUCCUGCUGCAGGAGAUCCAGAGAUACAACUCUCUGCUGGACACCAUCAUGUAUGUUCUCUAUGUCUACGCAUGUGUGCAUGCAUGUGUGUCUCUCUUUGGGUUUGUCUGUCAGAAUCUCCGCUGGCCAUAUGCGUACCCUUCACUGAAGCCCCUGGCAGCAUGGACCAGGGAUCUUUGCCAGCGAGUCAAUCACUUCGCACGCUGGGCAGAGACAGCAGAGCCCCCCACCUUGUUCUGGCUCUCCAGCUUCACCUUUCCCAACGGUUUUCUUACCGCUGUGCUGCAGUCCUCUGCUCGACAGCACAACAUAUCCGUGGACACACUGUCUUGGGAGUUCAUAGUGUGCACUGUAGAUGACAGCAACCUGCUUUACCCCCCCAAGGAUGGAGUAUUUGUCCGAGGUUUGUACUUGGAGGGAGCUGGUUGGGACAAGAGGAACUCAUGUCUGGUGGAAGCUGAACCUAUGCAGAUGGUCUGUCCCAUGCCCACCAUCCACUUCAAACCUGUUGAAAACCGCAAGAAGGCAGCCAAGAGUAUGUACCUGUGUCCAUGUUACUACUUCCCGGUGCGUUCAGGUGGGGCAGGCCGGCCAUCUUUUGUGGUUGGUGUAGAACUUAAAUCUGGAGCUAUGACCCCGGAUUACUGGAUCAAGAGAGGGACUGCUCUUCUCUUGAGCCUGGACAACUAAAGGCCUUAAACACACACACUCACACAUUGACUCUGACACUUUUCUAUUGCUGUUUAUGUUAAUUGUUUUAGCUGUUUAUUACUUUAUAUUCUUCUUUUUAACAGAAUUUUAUUUUAUUCAUAGUCGUGAUCGCAAAUUUUGGGACAAAAGGCUCCAUUAGUCAGCAAAUGUAUUGCAUUCUCACCCGGGCUUUCACAAUAAAUGGACGAGACAUUCUUUGAGCCUUUGAAGUUGGUCUCACA